GACUGCAGUGAGAAUUGUCGUGCUCCUAUUCCUGAGGUAGCAGCUGUCAGUGCUCCUGCCCAGCUGUCACCUCAGCUUGUGACCCCUUGUAACGUCAGACAUUGCAAUGAAUGCUGCUCCUGAAACUGGUUCCUCAAAGGGGAUUCUGCAAGGCAAAACAAGCAAAGGACAGCCCAGGAGACACGGAGCAGGACCCGAAGCAGCAUUGGUGGCUCAAGGCAUGGCGGGGCUCCUGCGUCUCUUGCGAGGUGGACUGAACCUGAGCAAGAUCCGCUUUGUUUAUCUCUGUGGGGAGAGUGAGCAGCAUUGUGCAUCAGCUCAGCAGCGGUGGGAAAGAGGCUUCAGCUCCACCAACAAGCUCCUGGAUGCUCAUGGGGAGUUGAGCUCUGCAGACCAGGUGACAGUGCAUUUUAUAAAUCGGGAUGGAGAGCGACUUACAGCCACAGCCAAAGAAGGGGAGAGUUUGCUGCAAGUGGUAGUCAAUCAAAACUUGGCCAUUGAUGGGUUUGGUGCAUGUGAAGGGACAUUAGCCUGUUCCACCUGUCACCUCAUCUUUGAGAAAGACACCUUCCAAAACCUGGGUGCCAUCUCAGAUGAAGAGCUGGACAUGCUGGACUUGGCGUAUGGCCUCACUGAGACAUCUCGCCUUGGCUGCCAGGUGUGUGUUAAGAAGUCAAUGGAUGGUGUGACUGUGCGGGUCCCCAUGGAUGUAUCGGACAUCAGGAAGCAGCUCGAGGUUGGAAAGCAAAGCAAACAGUAACUGGGAAUGGUUACUGUACAGGUCUGAUACCUGUUUUAGGUGU